UGUACCCCGCUGCUCGGCCGCAGCCUUAAUGGGGACGCCCGCUCCUGGCGACUGGAAGUGGAGCAAGGGGUCUGCCCGCACGGAGUCGCCCCGCCGCCGCGUGAGAGCACAGCUUUGGUCUUGAAGAAAAUGGUAGGAGGGGAAUGGACCCUGUUCUCUCAAAGUCUGUUCCUGUGAUCCAAGAAAUGCUUUAGAGAUAGUAAGAAAACCAAACCUCAGAGAAGUUGAAGGAAUAAAGUCUUGAAAAAAUAAGUGGACAUUGGCCCUACUGAAAUCAGAGUAGGGAUGCAACCUCUUCAUGAGUGAAAUUAGGAUAGAGAGGAAUUUACCAAAGUCAACAAAGAUGAAUAUGGUGAAGAGGAUCAUGGGCCGGCCACGGCAGGAGGAUUGCGGCCCUCAGGAUAAUGCUUUAGGGCUGAUGCACCUGCGCCGCCUCUUCACAGAACUUUGUCAUCCUCCUCGGCACAUGACUCAGAAAGAACAGGAAGAGAAACUUUAUAUGAUGCUGCCGGUGUUUAACAGGGUAUUUGGAAAUGCUCCUCCAAGUACAAUGACAGAAAAAUUCUCUGACCUUCUGCAGUUUACUACACAGGUGUCACGAUUGAUGGUGACAGAGAUUCGACGGAGAGCAUCAAAUAAGUCCACAGAGGCUGCAAGUCGUGCCAUAGUCCAGUUCUUGGAGAUCAAUCAAAGUGAAGAAGCCAGCAGAGGUUGGAUGCUGCUUACUACAAUUAAUUUACUAGCUUCAUCAGGACAGAAAACAGUGGACUGCAUGACUACGAUGUCGGUGCCUUCCACACUUGUUAAAUGUCUGUAUCUAUUUUUUGACCUUCCACAUGUGCCUGAGGUAGUUGGAGGAGCACAGAAUGAGCUACCUCUAGCAGAGCGCCGAGCACUACUACAGAAAGUCUUUGUACAGAUUUUAGUAAAAUUGUGCAGUUUUGUGUCCCCGGCGGAAGAACUGGCUCAAAAAGAUGAUCUCCAGCUUUUAUUCAGUGCAAUAACAUCAUGGUGCCCUCCCUAUAAUCUUCCUUGGAGAAAGAGCGCAGGGGAAGUAUUAAUGACUAUAUCGCGUCAUGGCCUCAGUGUCAAUGUAGUAAAAUAUAUUCAUGAAAAAGAAUGUUUGUCCACGUGUGUUCAGAACAUGCAGCAGUCUGAUGACCUUUCUCCCUUAGAAAUAGUUGAGAUGUUUGCUGGGCUUUCUUGCUUUCUCAAAGAUUCCAGUGAUGUAUCACAAACACUAUUGGAUGAUUUUAGGAUAUGGCAAGGCUAUAAUUUCCUCUGUGAUCUUUUGCUCAGGUUAGAACAGGCAAAAGAAGCUGAGUCCAAGGAUGCUUUAAAGGACUUAGUUAAUCUGAUAACUUCCCUGACAACAUAUGGUGUUAAUGAAUUAAAACCAGCAGGUGUUACCACAGGAGCACCUUUUUUGUUGCCUGGAUUUGCAGUCCCACAGCCUGCAGGCAAAGGUCACAGUGUGAGAAAUAUUCAAGCCUUCUCCGUCCUCCAGAAUGCAUUUUUGAAAGCAAAAACUAGCUAUCUUGCACAAAUCAUCCUUGAUGCCAUCACAAAUAUUUAUAUGGCGGACAGCGCAAACUACUUCAUCUUGGAAUCCCAGCAUACUUUGUCCCAGUUUGCAGAGAAAAUUUCCAAGAUUCCAGAAGUGCAGACCAAAUACUUUGAGAUGCUGGAGUUUGUCAUCUUUAGCUUGAAUUACAUACCUUGUAAAGAACUGAUUAGUGUCAGCAUUCUCUUAAAAUCCAGCACAUUGUAUCAGUGUAGCAUCGUUGCAAUGAAGACUCUUCUUAAGUUCACCCGUCAUGACUACAUCUUUAAGGACGUCUUUAGGGAAGUGGGACUUCUGGAGGUGAUGGUAAACAUUUUACACAAAUAUGCAGCCCUUUUGAAAGAUCCCACUCAAGCUCUGAAUGAUCAAGGGGAUUCAAGAAACAGUUCUUUGGAGGACCAAAAGCAGCUAGCCUUAUUGGUUAUGGAAACCUUGACUGUACUUCUACAAGGAUCAAACACAAAUGCAGGUAUUUUCAGGGAAUUUGGUGGUGCAAGGUGUGUACACAAUAUAGUGAAGUAUCCACAAUGCCGACCGCAUGCACUGAUGAUUAUCCAGCAAUUGGUGUUAUCACCUAGUGGGGAAGAUGAUAUGGGCACUUUGUUAGGGCUGAUGCACUCAGCUCCACCUACAGAACUACAGCUGAAGACAGAUAUAUUAAGGGCCCUGCUCUCGGUACUGAGAGAGAGUCACCGCACAAGAACUGUUUUUAGAAAAGUUGGUGGAUUUGUAUACGUCACAUCUUUACUUGUUGCUAUGGAAAGGUCCUUGUGCUCACCCCCUAAGAAUGGCUGGGAGAGAGUAAACCAGAAUCAAGUGUUUGAACUGCUUCACACUGUGUUCUGCACAUUGACUGCAGCGAUGCGCUAUGAACCAGCCAACUCUCACUUCUUCAAAACAGAGAUCCAGUAUGAAAAGCUGGCAGAUGCUGUCCGAUUACUUGGCUGCUUCUCAGACUCAAGAAAAAUAAGUCCCUUGAAUGUCUUUCCUUCAAAUACACAGCUAUUUCAAAGACUGUUGGAGGAUGACCUAAUUUCCAUGGACUCUGUGUCACCCAUGCUAAGGCAUUGCAGUAAACUUUUUAUCUACCUCUACAAAGUAGCCACAGAUUCUUUUGACAGUCAUGCAGAACAGAUCCCUCCUUGCCUGACAAAUGAGACUUCUCUCCCCUCUCCUUGGGGUACACCAGCUUUGUCCAGGAAAAGGCAUGCCUAUCAUUCUGUUUCAGCUCCUCCUGUAUAUCCUCCCAAAAACAUAACUGAUUUGAAACUCCUGACAGGAGCAACAUCCACACACAGUUCCGAUGCUGUCAUCAUCCACCCUGGAGCAAUGCUUGCUAUGCUGGAUCUUCUAGCCUCUGUUGGAUUGACUACACAGCCAGAACGUGCCCUGGAUCUUCAGUUUGCAGUGGCCAACAUACUGCAGUCUCUGGUGCAUACAGACAGAAACCAGCAAGUCAUGUGUGAAGCUGGACUCCACGCAAGACUUUUACAGAGAUGCAGUGCUGCUCUUGCUGAUGAGGACCAUUCAUUGCACCCCCCACUCCAGAGAAUGUUUGAAAGGCUGGCCUCUCAGGCACUGGAGCCAAUGGUGUUGAGGGAAUUUUUACGUUUGGGAAAUCCUUUGAAUUGCGGAGCUUGGGACAAAAAAUUGUUGAAACAGUAUAGAGUACACAAGCCCAGCUCAUUAAGUUAUGAACCAGAAAUAAGAAAUAGUAUGGUCACAUCAAUGGAGGGUUUGAGUUCUGACAGCAUGUUCAGUUUGCAUGAAGAUAACCAUUAUCGGAUAAGUAGGAGCCUGCUCAAGCCAGCAGAAGGAAGCACAGUACCCCUGACAAGGGUGAAAUGUUUGGUUUCCAUGACAACUCCACAUGAUAUCAGACUUCACGGAUCAUCAGUUACCCCUGCGUUUAUUGAAUUUGACACAUCUCUUGAAGGAUUUGGCUGCUUAUUCUUGCCAAGUUUGGCCCCCCAUAAUGCACCUACAAAUAAUGCUGUCACAACUGGACUUAUUGAUGGUGCUGUAGUCAGUGGAAUUGGAACCGGUGAAAGAUUUUUUCCACCACCAUCUGGUUUGAGCUAUUCAACGUGGUUUUGCAUUGAACACUUUAGUACGGCUCCUAAUAACCAUCCAGUCAGAUUACUUACUAUAGUGCGACGAGCAAACUCUUCUGAGCAGCACUACGUAUGCCUUGCCAUUGUCCUUUCAGCAAAAGACCGAUCACUAAUUGUUUCAACUAAAGAAGAGUUGCUUCAGAAUUAUGUUGAUGACUUCAGUGAAGAAUCAUCUUUCUAUGAGAUUCUUCCUUGUUGUGCUCGUUUUCGCUGUGGUGAUCUUAUAGUGGAAGGCCAGUGGCAUCAUCUGGUUCUGGUGAUGAGUAAAGGCAUGCUGAAAAAUAGUACCGCUGCACUCUACAUUGAUGGACAGCUCGUUAAUACUGUGAAGCUUCACUAUAUUCACAGUAGCCCUGGUGGGUCUGGUUCUGCUAAUCCACCAGUAGUCAGCACAGUUUAUUCCUACAUUGGCACACCACCAGCCCAACGCCAACUCUCUUUGCUGGUAUGGCGCUUGGGACCAACGCAUUUCUUGGAGGAAGUUUUGCCAGUUUCAAGUGUUAGUACCGUUUAUGAGCUGGGACCAAAUUAUGUUGGAAGCUUUCAAGCAGUAUAUAUCCCAUGUAAAGAUUCUAAAUCAGAAGGAGUCAGUCCCUCUCCAGUGUCUUUGGUACCAGAGGAGAAGGUCUCAUUUGGCCUCUAUGCACUUUCUGUUUCUUCACUUACAGUGGCAAGAAUAAGGAAAGUUUACAACAAAUUAGACAGUAAAGCCAUUGCCAAACAGCUGGCUGUGUCUUCCCAUGAGAAUGCCACUCCAGUGAAGCUGCUUCAUAACUCAGCAGGACAUCUGAAUGGACCAGCACGUACCAUUGGGGCGGCUCUGAUAGGGUAUUUGGGAGUAAGAACAUUUGAACCUAAGCCUGUUGCCACUACAUUACAGUAUAUUGGUGGAGCUGCUGCCAUUCUGGGUCUUGUAGCCAUGGCAUCAGAUGUAGAGGGAUUAUAUGCAGCUGUGAAGGCCUUGGUAUGUGUGGUAAAGAGCAACCCACUAGCCAGUAAAGAAAUGGAAAGGAUCAAAGGUUAUCAGUUACUGGCAAUGCUGCUAAAGAAGAAACGCUCCCUUUUGAACAGCCACAUACUCCAUCUGACCUUUUCCUUGGUAGGAACUGUUGACAGUGGGCAUGAAACCUCCAUUAUUCCAAAUUCAACAGCCUUUCAGGAUUUGCUGUGUGAUUUUGAGGUCUGGCUCCAUGCCCCAUAUGAGCUUCAUCUUUCAUUAUUUGAGCACUUCAUUGAACUUCUCACAGAGUCCAGUGAAGCAGCAAAGAAUGCUAAAUUAAUGAGGGAGUUCCAGCUAAUCCCUAAACUACUGUUGACUCUUCGAGAUGGAUCUUUAUCCCAGCCUACUAUUGCUGCAGUUAGUAAUGUGUUGAGCUUUUUGCUUCAGGGUUUUCCCAGCAGCAGUGACCUGCUCAGGUUUGGACAAUUCAUCUCUUCCACUUUGCCUACAUUUGCAGUCUGUGAGAAGUUUGUAGUAAUGGAGAUAAAUAAUGAAGAAAAACCUGAUACUGGAGCAGAGGAUGAUUUUGGAGGCCUUGUUUCUGCUAAUCUUAUCCUUCUGCGGAACAGACUUUUAGAUAUCCUUCUGAAACUUCUGUAUACUUCUAAAGAAAAGACAAGUGUUAACUUGCAAGCAUGUGAGGAGCUGGUCAGGACACUGGGAUUUGAUUGGAUCAUGAUGUUUAUGGAAGAACAUCUGCACUCAACCACUGUAACUGGAGCCAUGAGAAUCCUUGUGGUCCUGCUGAGUAAUCAGCCUAUUCUCAUCAAAUUUAAAGAAGGCCUCAGUGGCGGAGGCUGGCUUGAUCAGACUGAUUCUGUGUUAACCAACAAAAUUGGUACAGUACUAGGAUUCAAUGUUGGCAGAAGUGCUGGUGGCAGAUCAACUCUCAGGGAGAUUAACCGGGAUGCAUGUCAUUUUCCAGGCUUCCCAGUUCUCCAGUCUCUUCUCCCUAAGCAUACUAAUGUAGCUGCGCUCUAUUUCCUCCUCAUGGCACUUUUCCUGCAGCAGCCAGUCACUGAGCUGCCUGAAAACCUGCAGGUCAGUGCACCUGUCAUCAUCAGCCGAUGUAAUCAGGGUUGCCAGUUUGAUUUAGACUCUAUUUGGACAUUUAUAUUUGGAGUUCCUGCCUCCAGCGGCACUGUGGUCUCUUCAGUUCACAAUGUUUGCACAGAAGCUGCCUUUUUAUUACUGGGGAUGCUCAGGAGCAUGCUGAAUUCUCCUUGGCAGUCAGAAGAAGAAGGCUCUUGGCUUCGAGAAUAUCCAGUCACCUUGAUGCAGUUUUUUCGAUAUUUGUAUCACAAUCUUCCAGACCUAGCUUCAUUGUGGAUGAGCCCUGAGUUUCUGUGUGCACUGGCAGCAACUGUGUUUCCUUUCAACAUUCGACCUUAUUCAGAAAUGGUUACUGAUCUUGAUGAUGAUGUUGGAUCCCCAGCUGAAGAGUUUAAAGCAUUUGCAGCUGAUUCUGGCAUGAACAGGAGCCAGUCAGAGUACUGCAAUGUUGGCUCCAAGACCUACCUGACCAACCAUCCAGCCAAGAAGUUUGUGUUUGACUUCAUGCGUGUGCUGAUAAUUGAUAACCUCUGCCUUACACCUGCUAGCAAGCAGACUCCACUGAUAGACCUUCUGUUGGAGGCUUCCCCUGAAAGAUCAACAAGGACGCAACAGAAGGAGUUUCAGACUUAUAUUUUGGACAGUGUAAUGGACCACUUACUUGCAGCUGAUGUUUUAUUGGGUGAAGAUGCAUCUCUGCCUAUUACAACUGGGGGAAAUUACCAUGUGUUGGUGAACAAUGUGUUUUAUUUUACACAACGUGUGGUAGAUAAGCUCUGGCAGGGCAUGUUCAACAAAGAAUCCAAGCUUCUUGUAGACUUCAUAAUCCAGCUAAUUGCACAGUCAAAAAGAAGAUCUCAGGGGUUAUCGUUGGAUGCUAUUUAUCACUGCCUGAAUAGGACCAUCUUGUAUCAGUUCUCCAGGGCACACAAAACUGUCCCUCAGCAAGUUGCUCUCCUCGAUUCUCUAAGGGUCUUUACAGUAAACAGAAACUUAAUUCUGGGGCCUGGGAACCAUGAUCAGGAGUUUAUCAGCUGUCUAGCCCAUUGCUUGAUUAAUCUGCAUGUAGGAAGCAAUGUGGAUGGGUUUGGACUGGAAGCAGAAGCCAGGAUGACAACUUGGCACAUUAUGAUCCCUUCUGACAUAGAACCAGAUGGAGUCUACAGUCAGGAUGUUAGUGAAGGUCGCCAGCUUCUUUUAAAAGCCGUAAACAGAGUAUGGACAGAGCUGAUUCACAGUAAGAAACAGGUUUUAGAAGAAGCUUUCAAAGUAACACUACCCGUCAAUGACCGUGGCCAAGUAGAUAUAGUGGUAGCAAGACCAUGUAUUGAAGAAGCAAGUUUAAAAAGCUGGCAAAAUCAUUUGGUCCAUGAGAGAAAAUGCAUCAGUAGAGGGGAAGCUUUAGUUCCAACCACACAGUCCAAGCUUUCCCGGGUCAGCAGUGGAUUUGGCCUUUCCAAGCUAACUGGAUCAAGAAGAAACCGAAAGGAAAGUGGACUCCACAAACAUAAUCUUUCCACCCAGGAAAUUUCCCAGUGGAUGUUUACUCACAUUGCUGUGGUUCGAGACCUUGUAGAUAUGCAGUAUCAAGAGCAUCAAGAGCGCCAGCAAAAUGCAUUAAAAUAUGUAACAGAAGAGUGGUCUCAAAUUGAGUAUGAAUUGUUACGGGAGCGAGGGCUGUGGGGGCCUCCCAUUGGCUCUCAUCUGGAUAAAUGGAUGUUGGAGAUGACAGAGGGCCCCUGUAGAAUGAGAAAGAAGAUGGUACGAAAUGACAUGUUUUAUAUUCAGUAUCCUUACGUACCAGAAGCCGAACAAGAGACAAAUCUGCUGUCUGACUUCUCAAGUAAACCUCCUGAGACACCCGAUGAUACCAUUCCUCAAAAGAAACCAGCUCGUUACCGAAGGGCCAUAAGCUAUGACAGCAAGGAAUACUACAUGCGCCUGGCUUCUGGGAAUCCUGCUGUUAUCCAGGAUACUAUAGAAGAGAAUUCAGAGGGUGAAGCCACUCAGCAGGAGCCAGAGCAUGGGGAAGAUACUAUUGCUAGAGUUAAAGGUCUUGUAAAGCCUCCACUGAAGCGAUCUCGUUCUGCUCCUGAUGGAGGGGAUGAGGAGAACCAGGAACAACUUCAGGAACAAAUAUCUGAAGGAAGUUCUAUUGAUGAAGAAGAGAAAACUGAUAAUACAACAUUGCUUCGACUACUUGAGGAAGGAGAGAAGAUUCAGCACAUGUACCGCUGUGCUAGAGUUCAAGGCCUUGACACCAGUGAGGGGCUGCUUCUCUUUGGAAAAGAGCACUUCUAUGUCAUCGAUGGAUUUACAAUGACAGUCACCAGGGAGAUACGGGAUAUUGAAACACUGCCUCCAAACAUGCAUGAGCCAAUUAUACCAAGGGGAGCAAGACAGGGUCCAAGCCAACUCAAAAGAACUUGCAGCAUUUUUGCAUAUGAAGAUAUCAAGGAAGUACAUAAAAGGAGAUAUCUGUUACAGCCGAUUGCUGUUGAAGUUUUCUCAGGAGAUGGAAGGAACUAUCUUCUUGCUUUCCAAAAAGGAGUUAGAAAUAAAGUCUAUCAAAGGUUUUUGGCUGUGGUCCCAUCUUUAACUGACAGUUCAGAAUCUGUGUCCGGGCAGAGACCAAACACCAGUGUAGAACAAGGGUCUGGCUUGCUUAGCACUUUGGUAGGAGAAAAAUCUGUGACGCAAAGAUGGGAAAGAGGAGAAAUCAGUAACUUCCAGUACCUGAUGCACUUGAAUACUCUGGCUGGCAGAUCCUAUAACGAUCUCAUGCAGUAUCCCGUCUUCCCUUGGAUCCUUGCAGACUAUGAUUCAGAGGAACUGGAUCUUACGAAUCCAAAGACAUUCAGAAACCUGGCCAAACCAAUGGGAGCACAGACAGAUGAAAGACUGGCUCAGUAUAAGAAGAGAUACAAAGACUGGGAAGAUCCUAAUGGAGAAACUCCAGCAUAUCAUUAUGGGACUCAUUAUUCAUCUGCCAUGAUAGUGGCUUCUUAUCUUGUCCGAAUGGAGCCCUUUACACAGAUAUUCUUAAGGUUACAGGGUGGCCACUUUGACCUGGCUGAUAGAAUGUUUCACAGUGUGCGUGAAGCCUGGUAUUCAGCAUCAAAGCACAACAUGGCAGAUGUAAAGGAGCUCAUCCCAGAAUUCUUUUACCUCCCGGAGUUCCUGCUCAAUUCCAAUAACUUUGAUCUGGGUUGCAAGCAAAAUGGCACCAAGCUUGGAGAUGUGAUACUGCCCCCAUGGGCAAAGGGAGAUCCUCGUGAAUUUAUCAGAGUUCAUCGUGAGGCUUUGGAAUGUGAUUUUGUGAGUGCCCACCUGCAUGAAUGGAUUGACUUAAUCUUUGGGUAUAAACAGCAAGGCCCUGCUGCAGUAGAAGCUGUAAAUGUCUUCCAUCAUCUCUUUUAUGAGGGGCAAGUGGACAUAUACAACAUAAAUGACCCAUUAAAAGAGACAGCUACAAUAGGAUUCAUUAAUAAUUUCGGGCAGAUACCCAAACAGCUGUUCAAGAAACCACACCCUCCAAAGCGAGUGCGAAGCCGAAUCAAUGGAGAGACUGCUGGAAUGUCUGUCCCACCCGGUUCCACAAGUGACAAGAUCUUUUUCCAUCAUUUAGACAAUUUGAGACCUUCUCUUGCCCCUGUGAAAGAACUCAAGGAGCCUGUGGGACAGAUAGUGUGCACGGAUAAAGGUAUUCUGGCUGUAGAACAGAACAAAGUUCUCAUUCCACCUGCCUGGAAUAAAACUUUUGCAUGGGGCUAUGCGGACCUCAGCUGUAGACUGGGAACUUAUGAGUCGGACAAGGCAGUGAUUGUUUAUGAAUGCUUGUCAGAAUGGGGGCAGAUUCUGUGCUCAAUCUGCCCCAACCCCAAACUAGUUAUCACUGGAGGAACAAGCACCGUUGUAUGUGUGUGGGAGAUGGGCACCUCCAAAGAAAAAGCAAAAACACUUGCUCUGAAACAGGCAUUGCUUGGACAUAGUGACACUGUCACAUGUUUAACAGCAUCAAUAGCUUACCACAUAAUUGUGAGUGGAUCACGGGACCGCACCUGUAUCAUAUGGGAUUUGAAUAAACUGUCAUUUCUAACACAGCUUCGAGGUCAUUGGGCUCCAGUGUCAGCUCUCUGUAUAAAUGAACUAACGGGGGAUAUUGUGUCAUGUGCUGGCACUUACAUCCAUGUUUGGAGCAUUAAUGGGAACCCAACAGCAAGUGUGAAUACUUUCACUGGACGGAGCCAGCAAAUCCUGUGUUGCUGUGUAUCAGAGAUGAAUGAGUGGGACACCCAGAAUGUCAUCGUGACGGGGCACUCUGAUGGUGUGGUCCGAUUCUGGAGGAUGGAAUUUUUGCAGGUACCUGAAACACCGGCUCCAGAGCCUGUGGAGAUCCUGGAAAUGCAAGAGGAUUGUCAAGAAGCACAAAUAGGGCAGGAGGCCCAAGAGGAGGACAGCAGUGACUCAGAGGCAGAUGACCAAUGUGUCAGUCAGGAUUCUAAACCACAGGAAAGCCAGAGCCAACCAAGCAGCACCAGCCAGAGGCCAAGGUCAUCAUCAGGCAGGGCAGCAGCAGCAGCAUGGUCAGCAGAUAGUGGCUCUGAUGACUCAAGGCGUUGGUCAGACCAGCUCAGCUUGGACGAGAAAGACGGUUUUAUCUUUGUGAACUAUUCUGAGGGACAAGCUAAAGUACAUCCCCAUGCUCAGGUCAACCACCCACACCCUAACUACAUUGAAGUACGGCACUACAGCAAGCUUAAACCAGGGUACAGGUGGGAGCGCCAGCUAGUGUUUAGGAGCAAACUUACUAUGCACACAGCAUUUGAUCGCAAAGACAACGCACAUCCAGCAGAGAUCACUGCAUUGGGCAUCUCAAAGGAUCACAGCAGGAUCCUUGUAGGUGACAGUCGAGGCCGAGUGUUCAGCUGGUCCGUGAGUGAUCAACCUGGCCGGUCUGCAGCUGACCACUGGGUGAAAGAUGAGGGAGGAGACAGCUGUUCAGGCUGCUCUGUCCGUUUUUCUCUCACCGAAAGGCGUCACCAUUGCAGGAACUGUGGACAGCUCUUCUGUCAGAAGUGCAGUCGGUUUCAAUCAGAAAUCAAGCGCUUGAAAAUUUCAUCACCUGUCAGAGUCUGUCAGAACUGUUACUACAACCUGCAGCAUGAGAGGGGGUCUGAAGAGGGGCCUCGCAAUUGAGGAGGUCAUGAUGCAAACUAAAGACCAAGCUCUGAGAUCCCAGUUCAGCCCCACGGUAACCUAGCAAAUUAAUCACAGUACCAUACAGUGAAUUUGGAAGGGAUUAGAAUAUUGUCUGUUUACACUUCUCUUUGUACUGUGUUUUAAGCACUGAAAAAGUAAAAGGGAUUUUUUACUUGAUUUCAUGUGUGUUGACUGCAGUUUUGAGGCUAACAGAAUUGAGUUCGAUUGGUAACAACAAAUACAGUAACUGUUGGUACCUAAAUCUCCCUGCGUAUCAAGAAAAUCCUCACUUAGCUUAACAACCUAUUCUUGUCUUGUUUUUGUAGAGCUAGUCAUCCUUUAUUUGGGAGAGAAAGGCUUUUUAGAAGAUAGUUGUAAAUCUGCCUUCUUUGCAAGCAACUGUGUAUAUUGUAAAUAGGUAUAAUGGCCUUUUUAUCUAAAUAUGAACUUAACUGCCUGUUACAUGGGACUUCAGGCUAAUCACUAUGCUUUCUGUGAUAUCUUUAUCUCAUCUAUCAACUUAAAUAGGAAUGUUUAAAAACUCAAAGGCAUUAUUUGCAUUUUUGUUUAAAAUCCAGUCUGUGCAUGCUUGUUCUUUCAGUUGCCCACAGUAUCUAUCUAUUCAUAGACAUUAUGUGGAUUUUUUUUCAAAGGAUUUUUUUUUGGGGGGUGGGGAGUGGGGAAGGGAAAUAGGACCUGGAGUGUUUUACUCAAACUAUAAGAUAACCAAGAAUUAAAUUGUACACUUCUGUUGCAUUUUAUACCUGUUUACCACCUCAGUGUUGUUAAUAUUUAAUAAGGCCUCUUUUAUACAUAGAGCUGUUUCUUCAUUACUUAACAGGAUAGUUAGCAGCUGAUUCGUGCAGUGCAGGAACCAGCUUUUACCUUCUUAAAUCAAUGGAAAUUGGCUUGCAUGUUAAUUAAUUUCUCUUGCGUAGAGCUCAUAGGUGUGUAUAACUGACACCGUUGUUCUACUGUAGCUUAUUUUCAAAAGAUGUACAGGACAAUCUAACCCUUGCUGUAUAACUGGAUAAUUAUUACUAACAUCAGAACUGCUUUUAAGGCUGUCUUUAUCUGUAGUGACAUGACAUCAACUGGGAGACAGCAGUAGAGUUCCAUUACCAUCCUUACAUUUUAAUACCAAUUUCUUUGCAGCAUUUAAUAUCCAUUAAUUUAUUUUGCACCACAUGUGGGACAAAGUACAGACAUUGACAUCCACAGAGAUUGGAACACUUGCAUCAGACAGGCCCAUGGACAUUUUCUGAAUGAGGUCUUGACAGUGGUUGUUUUUUUAAAUGUGUGUAUAUAUUUUGUAAAUGGGUGACAAAACUUGAUUGGUCUAGAUUUAGGUAUAUUCACAAAAAGAUACUUUUAAAUAAUGGUAAGCUCUGACCCAAAUCAACAAAAGGUGGACAGGGAAGGGAGGGGGGAACAAACGUUUGCAUCAGUGGAAACUUGAUGAGUAACUUCAUUGGGAAGAAUGGGAUUAUCCUUCAUUUACACUGGUGAAACAGCAGAAUCUGGCCAGGAAAUCAGUCGUGAACAGACACAGUCCUUAAAUGACACCAUUGCAAAUAUUAAAACCUCUAUGAUGGUAUGAGUUUAUCCAAAGGAUACCAUGCAUUAACAGAACCCUCCUGCCUUUUGUUGAUCUGUGCUCUCUUUAGCAGUAUAUGUUUUGACCACUUGCUAUUUACCUGGUAACACAUGUUUAUGCACUGAAGGUAAAAUAUGUAUUUUGAUACAUGUUAGUUUAUUAUGUAUGUGAUGGUCUGUAAAAUUAGAGAAAUUCCUGUUUUGGUAUGUAUACUAGGUCCCCCACAGAACAAUAAAGGCUUCUUCAGAGCCUUCACACACUAUUGAGUAAAUGCAGGUUUAUUUAAGUUAGCCAACCCCGUAGCUCACUUUUGGGUUUAACGGUGAUGAUCAAAUAACUUCCCAUCAUAGAUGAAUUCUGUCGUGCUGGCCUUGAAAAAAUCCUCCGUGAGUUUGCAGAGAACCUGUAAUUUCUGUAUUAAACUGCUCUCUUUCUAAUGCUACUUUGGCCCUUCCCAAAACUACCUAAGAAUACCGUCAUCUAGAUUAUGGGUUAACAGCCUAUAGAUUUUCAAUGUCCAGUGAAUGCUAUUAAAAAAAUAAUUAAAUGCA